AGUACAAGUUGUUUGAUUAUAUAUAGGAAAAAUGUAGGAGAUUUUCUGAAGGAUUAGGUGCAUGCCAUAGUUGUUAUAUACUCCUAUUCCCUCUGUUACUAAAACCACGUCAGUUAUUUUCGAACGAAGGUAAUAGAAACAAAGGAAAAUAUCCAUGAGGUUGUACUCAGAUGCAAAAUUUCUUUGAAAUUGUAUGCAAACUAAACUAUAGGGAAGAUUCAUAUGGUUUUCAUUCCUACAAACUAAACCAAAUUUAUAGAGAAAUUCCUACGGAAUGGAUUCCUCUGAAUUCCUAUGAUUUUUUUAAAACUAAAGAGGUCUCUAUCUUGUAAGUGACGUGGAUUAAAUUAGAUUUGUUUCCUCGUACCUCAGCUUCACAUAUGAAUCGGAUUCGGAGCUCCGGGACUCCAUAUAUGGUGGGCGCUGCCCCAUGGACACAGCGUAACGUCCGUAGUUCCGUACAGUACAUGUUUGGUUUCGAUCCCAUGGCGCCCGGCGGAAGGAGCAGCGGCGGCAACGCGGUGGACGCGGCGGAGAGGCUUCACAGGCUCGCCGAGCAGCGCUUCCUCGUCGGCGACGUGGCCGGGGCGCUCCGGGCGGCGCGGGAGGCCCAGGCGCGCUGCCGGGCGCUCCAGGGGCUCGCGCACGCCCUCGCCGCCUACGAGGUCCACGUCGCCGCGGCCGUCUCCCGCGCCAGCGGCAGGAACUGGUACGCCGUCCUCAGCGUCGGCGCCCGGACGUCGCUGCCGAGCGGCGGCGUCGGCGUCUCGCACGAGGACGUCAAGCGGCGGUACCGCCGGCUCUGCCUCGUUCUUCACCCCGACAAGAACCGCUCCGCCGCCGCCGACGGCGCGUUCAAGCUGCUCCAGCAGGCGUGGGGGGCGCUCUCGGUCGGCCAGCGCCACGGGAGUCACCAGGCCGCGCUCUGCCCCGACGCCGUCGCCGCGACCCCGCCCGCCACCACCUCCCGCUCCUGCCGCGAAGCCUAGCAACCACACCCGACCACCGCCGCCCGCCGCCAACAACGCGCCCAGGGACGACGACAGGCGGCGAGCCGGCGCCGGAGACACGUCUCACAGCCGGCCACCGCCACCAGCCGCCCACGCAACCAAGGCCGAGAGAGCCAGCGCGGACACGACGCGUCACGCGCCGGCGUCUGACGCGAAGCCCGGCACCCACAGCGGACCACCGCCACCGGCAGCCUCCGCCGCCCACACGCCCAAGGACGAGGGGUCCGGCACGGACACGCACACGCCGCCGCGGCGCCAGGGGAGCGGGAACAGCAGGAGGUUCCCGUGCCCGGCGCAGUGCGUGCACUGCGGCGCGCGGUUCGCGUCGUCGACGGUGUCCGUGGGCACGUGGCACCUCCACUGCGCGGCCUGCCACAGGUACGCCAAGGUGUGCGUGCGCAGCCCCUCCAACGCAGAGAUCUACAGGUGAAGCUGCGACCACGACCACGAUGGAGAGGGACGGACCAGAUGAUGAUACCAUAUCCUAGCUGGUAUGCCAUUGUUAGUUCACUCGUCAAUGUUUCCUUCCGUUUUUUUUUUCUUCUUCUCAGGAGAGGAUGUGUGCUGCGUACGAACGUGUUCAUGUCUGAAAUCCUCGGCGGCAAGAUGAGGUGCUAUAUAUUCUAAUAGGUAGGAGAGGAGAGGAAGACAUGCUAUGCUAUAUGCUAUGUACUCACUUGGUUCGGUCUUCAGUUGGUUUGUCAAUUUCCAGCACUACUCCUUAUUAAAUUUCAGUGUUGUUUCGCUCAGUGUCUUGUCGCGUCCCAGAGAAAUGAUCGAUGCAACGAGUUCAGUGGUAAAGCAGAUCCGCUCUCCCGGCUGGCCAAGAGGACAGAGUACGAAGGAUCCUUAUGGGAACAGUCGAGUUUGAUCCAUCUUGCGCAGGUACCUAUUAGCGGGAACUUCAUGAAAACCUACGUCUCCAACUUUCAAAAAGUAUGAACUUUUAUGUUCCACAAGGCCCAUCACCAUCAUUGACAGUUUGACAUACAUAUUGCAUUGCACAAAGCAUAGGAACAACUCCAACGCGCCGACCCAAACUGCCCGCACGGAUUCGUUUGGGUUGAAACAGACACAAAAGUCAGCCCAACGCGUCGAUGCAAACGGACCAGUGUCCGCUUUUUGUCUGCGCAUGACCCAUUUUGAGCCGCGUUUGUGUCGGCGCAAACACGCAGCGGACGCGCGCCAUGCCCGCCCUUGUCACCCCCUGGCCUGUCAGCCGGUGGCAUAUUGGCCAUUCCCCCCUUCCUCCCAUCGACAGCCAGCACACCGGGCCGCCCCAUCCGUCGUCGCCGCCGCCCAGUUCCGGUGCCCGAUGCCGGCCGCCUGCACCCACAUACCUCCCUCAGCAGCACGCCACCCCUCGACGGCCCCAUACUCUGGCGUUUGGUGGAUCGUUUUCGCCGCCGUCGCAGCAACCUGACGUGGACACCACUACCCCUCGCCUCCCCUGCCAGCAUCACACAAGCGCAGCUACCUCGCUCGUCGGACGCUGCCAUAUUCGCACCAUGCCGACAGGCCUGCUACCUGGUCUUGGAGAGGCGCGAGACUCUUCAGCGGCUGGCUUCUUCCACAACGCCCACAAGGUGUUCAACGGUUUGCUCGCAAGGUACAAAUGGACUUCGGUGACGAGUACUUUUUCCAUAAUUUCAUUUGCGAUUCGAAUGAUUCUUCAUCUGACGAUGAGCAGAUUGUGGAUGUUGCUUUGGUCGUCCAUGACCACAUUAGUAGGCAGCGACCGAUGUUCAGGGGCUCGAUCCCGGGGCAUACUCCGACGUUGAAUCGCAGCCGAGGAGCGGCCAUUGCCUACUCUGGCAGGACUUCUUCGAGUCCCCUAACCCGCUCUUCAAACACCACCUAUUCCGGCGCCGUUUCCGGAUGGCUGGACAUGUUUUCAACCGAAUCUGGGAGGGGGUGGUGGCGUACUGUAACUAUUUCGAGUGCAAGUAGGAUGCCCUGGGAAAAAUUGGCUUCUCUUCUUAUUAAAAAUACACUACAGCUAUUCGGAUGCUUGCAUACGGAGUACCCGGUGAUCUCAUUGAUGAGUAUAUCCAAAUGAGCAAGUCCACGUGCCAAACUCCAUGUGCAAGUUCUGCAAGGAUGUGGUAGAAGUGUUUGGCCUGGAGUACUUGGGAGAGCCAACUGCUACAGAUACAACCUGGUUGUUGGCGAUCAAUGCGAGUAAGGGCUUUCCGAGGAUGCUUGGUAGUAUAGAUUGUAUGAACUACGAGCAGAAGAACUACCCUUCUACUUGGCAGGGGCAGUAUAGGGGCCAUGCCAAAGCUUGCACUGUCAUACUUGAGGCCGUGGCUUUACAAGAUCCCUGGAUUUGGCACUCUUUCUUCGGCAUGGCCGGAUCUCACAAGAACAUCAAUGUGCUUCAGCGCUCUCUGGUCUUUGCAAGGCUUGUAGAAGGCAACUUCUCGGAGGUCAAUGUUGAGAUCAAUGGCCACCACUACAACAAAUGAUACUAUCUAGCUGACGAUAUCUAUUCUCAGUGGACUACUCUUGUGAAGACAAUCCCUAAACCUGUAGGAGAGAAGAGGAAGAGAUUUGCCCAAGCACAAGAGAGUGCUAGAAAGGAUGUGGAGCGUGACUUUGGUGUUCUUCAAUGUCGGUGGGGCAUCGGUAUCCUUCUAGAACUUGGAGCACCAAGAAGUUGUGGGAGGUAAUGACUGCUUGUGUAAUUAUGCACAACAUGAUUGUAGAGGAUGAGUGUCCGGAUGAAAUCUACGAUUAAUGACUUCAGUUUCAGGGUGACAAUGUUGUGUUUGAGCAUGGAGGAGCGACAACGCUUGCAUAGUUCACCGAAUUUCAUCAUCAAAUGCGUAAUUGGGAAAGUCACAUUCAACUACAAGAUGAUUUGGUUGGGCACAUGUGGCUCACGUUGGUAACCAAUAG